AUGGCUCGUCCAAAUUGGAGUUUACCUUCCGCCUCUGCCUCUUAUUUUUCGUCUCACAGAGGGGAUUCAGGAGCUGCCUCCUCCUCCACCGCCGCCGCCGCCGCAGCUUCGUCUUCCGGUUCUUCUUCGCAGGUUCGCGAGGAAGAGGAGGAGCGAGAUCGCGAGUACAACCGGCAGCUUCAUUUUCAUAAUCCCGAGCUAGAGAAUCACCACAUUGGCGGCCUUCUUUCUUAUGGAGAAAACUUACCUGCUUUUGAUAACUCACCAACAGUGAUUAGAGAUGAAACGUGGUCUUGCAUCAUUGUUGUUUUAACCUUUUGGUUCUUCGUUUCUGUGACUUUGAUCAUGGGGGUUUACGGGUCAGUGAAUAUACAAUUGGGUCCAAAUUGUUCUCUACUUAUUCAACCCAAUCCUCUUUUUGUUCAGAGUGUAAAGGUGGAGGAGAUAGAUGAUUCCAAGCCAGGGCUCAAUCUCUAUGGAUUAUAUAAAUCUCCAGAUCUUGAUGUAGUGAGCACCUGGUCUGAAACUUACACUGCCACCGUUCAAGCUGAUUCUCAUAUGGAGUGGAUUCAUUAUCUGAACAGGGGAUCUCAAGUUAAUAUUUCAUAUAAUGUGAACUCAACUAGCUCCUCUGUUUUCCUUGUAAUUGCUCAAGGGAGUGAUGGCCUUUCUCGAUGGCUUGAGGACCCGACAUAUCCUAACACGACUUUAUCAUGGAACAUUGUUGACGGGAGUGGUAUGAUUGAGCUGGCCAUAUAUGGAUCUGCAAGUUAUUAUGUUGCACUGGGUAAUCUGAACUCAGAGGACAUUGAGGUGGAACUAAACCUCACAGUCAGGGCUUGUAUUUAUAGUACGACUGAAGCUUACUACAGGUGUACCUUCGCUGAUGGUGUGUGUAGCUUGGGUAUCUUAUUUCCUCAAGGAAAUUCAAUUGUCUUGACUUCUCCUGGUCCAGAACAGCAUUCAGCUGCAAAUGACUGGUCUGUCAGAUUGUCAUAUGGUCCAAGGUGGAUUACGUAUAUUGUUGGCAUUGGUGGAAUGACCGCAAUCAUGUUGGUUGCCUUAAACUUCUUAAACAAGCUUCAAUUUACUAGCGGAGAUGAAGCGAGUGUUCAUUAUGGGGAGUUCGCUUCUGCCCGAACCCCUCUGCUUUCACGCAAAGCCGAUGAUAUCUCAAGUUGUGGAUCAUCUUAUGAUUCCAUCUCAAGUGAUGAGGCAGAUCUUGAAGACUUUCUGGCAGGUUCUCUUGAAGCCAUAUCCAUAGGAGAUGGUGAAAAUAGUAACAAUACCCGGCGACUUUGUGCAAUUUGCUUCGAUGCUCCAAGGGAAUGCUUCUUCCUUCCGUGUGGGCACUGUGUGGCUUGCUUUGCAUGUGGAACUAGAUUAGCAGAGGCUCGUGGAACUUGCCCCAUUUGCCGUAGGAACAUGAGAAAAGUGAGGAAGAUUUUCACAGUGUAAUGAAUAUGAAACAUUUGAACAGCCCGCUUCAGUGAGUUGCAGGGCAGUAGGUGUAUCUUGAUGGGCCAUUACAUCUUAUUCUGAUGUAUUCCCUUAUGGCCGUAGAUUCUGAGGAGGGGAGGGAUGAACCAAUGAGACAUGCAUUUUGUUUUCCCAUAGUGCCAGUGGCCUUGAUUUUCCUUGGAAUCAGCCAUUUUAGGCAUCUGAUUAGAAGAAACAAGUAACUGUUUUCUUUUA